AGAAUCUUUGCUAGUGUGUGUGUGCAAUAGUGGAGUGGAUACUGCGAUUGCGAGAGAGAAAAAAGAGAGACGAAAAUGGACGGAAGCAGAAUGGUGACGGUCUCAGCUCUGCAAUUCGCUUGCUCAGAUGAUAUCAACACUAACGUCGAUAAAGCUGAAAGAUUGGUUAGGGAUGCUCACAAAAAGGGUGCAAACAUCAUUCUUAUCCAGGAAUUAUUCGAAGGAUAUUAUUUCUGUCAAGCGCAGAGGGAAGAUUUCUUUCUACGAGCAAAGCCUUAUAAAGGGCACCCUACAAUCAUAAGGAUGCAAAAGCUUGCGAAGGAGUUGGGAGUGGUGAUUCCUGUAAGCUUUUUUGAGGAGGCUAACAAUGCCCAUUACAAUUCAAUUGCUAUUAUUGAUGCUGAUGGCACAGAUCUUGGAUUGUAUAGGAAGUCCCAUAUCCCUGAUGGACCAGGUUACCAAGAAAAGUUCUACUUCAAUCCUGGUGACACUGGCUUUAAGGUCUUUCAAACUAAGUUUGCGAAAAUUGGAGUUGCUAUUUGCUGGGAUCAGUGGUUUCCUGAGGCUGCACGAGCUAUGGUUCUUCAAGGCGCGGAGAUAUUGUUCUACCCUACCGCUAUUGGUUCUGAACCACAAGAUCAAGGACUUGAUUCCUCUGAUCAUUGGAAACGAGUAAUGCAAGGGCACGCUGGGGCUAAUGUGGUGCCUUUGGUAGCCUGUAACCGCAUUGGAAAGGAGAUAAUAAAGACAGAACAUGGAGACAGUGCAAUCACGUUUUAUGGAAACUCAUUCAUAGCAGGACCCACUGGAGAAAUUGUUGCUAGUGCCAAUGCCGUUGAUGAAGACAUUCUUGUGGCAGAAUUUGAUCUCGAUAAGAUCAAAUUGAAGAGACAAAGUUGGGGAGUCUUUCGGGAUCGCCGUCCAGAGCUUUACAAAGUGCUUCUAACAUUAGAUGGUCAGAUCCCCCCAUCCUGAUUUCAUCAUUCUAUUGUACACCUAGACCUACUCCCAGCGGCAGAAGGUAAACAACCAAGAUUUAUAUUUAUGGAGAACUCGAAGAGAGCUGCAUUAACAUAACGUAUGGUGACAUUUACUCAUCAUGCCUUCUUGUCAUGUAAUCUAGUAUCUUUCAUCUAUCUCAGAAUAAGUUCAGAAACAGGAGAGAGCAAUACCGGGAUAUUGUUUUGUUCACCCAUGCAUGCCUCUUCAUUAUGUAAUAUGACACUUUCCUUCAAAUAUAGAAAUAAGUUCUGAUAUGCAUCAGUACAGAUGCAGUCUAUCCAACA